AUGACAUUGUUAUUUUUCAAAAAAAAUUCUCAAACAACACAUACGCUUUCUUACAAUUUUUUUAUUUAUUCAUUCACUCAUUAUAACAACAUACAUAAAUACAUACACGCAUCUAAACCCUUCUUUGUCCUUUUCGUCUGUCUAGGCAACAUUUGUCCGAGCCCAACAACUGAAGGCGUCUUUAGAGAUAUUGUUAAGAAACGAGGGCUUGAUUCAAAAUUUAAGAUUGAUUUCGUUGGAACCAUUAAUUAUCACGAGGGAAAUUUGGCAAAUGCAAGGAUGAGAAGUGUUGUUAAACGUCAUGCGAUUGACAUAAUGUCGAUAUCAAGACCGAUAGAGGCAUCUGAUUUCGUGGAAUUUGAUUUUAUCCUUGCAAUGGACAAGCAAAACCAAGAGGACAUAUUGAGGGCUUUUGAUGUGUGAAAAGUUAGCGCAAAUCAUUCAAAUACAAAGGUUAAGCUAAUGUGUUCUUAUUGCAAGAAACAUGACGAGACCGAAGUUCCCGACUUGUAUUAUAGUGGAGAUCAAGGUUUCGAGAAAGUCCUAAACUUGUUUGAAGAUACAUAUGAGUCAUUGCUUGACAGUAUCAGCGUAGAACGGUUCAUGGCCAUCCAAUAG